AUGGCUCCCGCUGAUACUGCCCCCGUCUCUAAAGACGCCCUCUCAGCGAACCAGCCCAUUGUAAUCAGCGGCCCAUCUGGCGCUGGAAAAUCCACCAUCCUCUCGCGCCUCUUCGAAGAAUUUCCUGGAAAGUUUGGCUUCAGCAUAUCCCACACGACGCGCGCACCCCGGGGGACCGAGCAGAAUGGCAAGGAGUACUACUUCGUGACCAAGGAAGAGUUCCUCGACCUAAUUGAAAAGAAGGGAUUUGUUGAGCAUGCGCAGUUUGGAGGUAACUACUACGGAACAAGCAUCAAGGCUGUCAACGAUAUUGCAGAGAAGGGUCAGAUUUGUAUUCUGGAUAUCGAGAUGGAGGGUGUCAAGCAAGUCGCAAACCAUCCCACAUUUCCCCGUCCGCGAUUCCUGUUUCUCCAGCCACCGUCUAUGGAGGUCCUGGAGCAGCGACUGAGGAGUCGGGCCACUGACAAGGAAGAGGCCAUUGUAAAGAGAUUAAAUCAGGCAAAGGUUGAGUUGGACUUUGCACACAGCGGAGAGGCACCGCAUGACAAGAUUGUCAUCAACGAGGACCUGGACAAGGCGUACAAAGAGGUCCGGGACUUCAUUGUCGGUGCUGACGCAUGA